AUUCGCGGCGGAUUUCGCGAUAGUGUGGUGGUCGGUCAGUCGACGUUCAUAAAUGAUGACGUAAGGUCGCGGCUCGUAGCGAGCCUGGCGAUUCGCGGUACGUGGUAACGGCCUGUCAGUGAACCUCGGACGGAGAUGGGGACGCAAAAGCCCGGAGAAUGGGCGAAUUUGGUGCUCGCACGUUUCGAGGAUCAGCUGCCGUGUCGUUCCGGGCCCGAAAGUCCUCACUCACGAGUGAACGAGAAGAGGUGUAAGAAAUGCUUGAUAGAGAUCUCUCGGUACCGUUUCUCUCUCGUCAUAUCCGGCCUUACGAAGAUGCUGCAGCGCGUCAACGAGCUGACGCCGAACACGAGCGGCCAGCGUCCGUUCCAUACCAUGGACCAGGAUCGGCAGGAGUCCAUCAUCAUCGUCCUGGACACGUUGGAGAAGUGUCUGGCGAAUACACCAAAGGACACGACGAAAUUCGAAGAGGCCAUGAAUGUAAAACUGCUACUCCGAGAAAUAUGCCAGUUCAUAGGAAUUCCGUCAGACAGUCCACAGACGAAAAUGAUUAAGGAUCUGGCGAGCAAAGUGUUGUUCGCCCUAAGUCUGAAUUUCUUCAAUGCGGUCUUCAAUCGGAUAUCGGCCAGACUUCAGGAACUGUCCAACAGCGGGGAUGAGAAUCCGGAUUGUAGCGACAUCGAGCUGAUGCAAUAUAUCAAUGUCGACGUCCAUAGACUGACCAGACUUCUGAAUGAAACGAUACAGAAAGUCCGGCAACUGAAAAAGUCGGCGCAUCUUGUGCUCAUGAAUUCCCUGGAAAGGGCGAUCUGGAAUUGGAUGGACACUUAUCCGCAAGAAUUCGCCGAUCUGCAGAAGCAGCCUAACGAGGAUCUCAGUAGGGCGUGCGAGGAGCUGUUCGACAUUCUCGAUACGUUUGUCGAUAAGAAGAGCCGCGCCGCGGUGGUGUGGCCGUUACAAAUGAUGCUGCUCGUACUCUCCGCUAAGGUUCUGGAGGAGAUUGUGAACGCCGACUCUGGACCGCCUGGUUCACCGCGGUACUCGAAGAAGAAGCAGUUCAUCGACAGCGUGAAACGCAGCCUGAGAAUGCACGGCAGCUCCUCCAGCCGACAGCUAUCCGAGGCCGCGGCGAUCACCUGCGUCAAGCUCACCAAAGCGGCUACAUAUGUCAGCAACACGGAAUCGAAAAACGUCAUCCUAAUUUUGGUACAGCAACUGAUGAACGAUCUGAUGAUGCUUCUCUUUCAUCCCACGAAACCAUUUUCCCGUGGGCAAAAUUACAACGCGCAGGACGUCGACCUGAUGAUCGACUCCUUCGUCAGCUGCUUCCGUAUCAAUCCGCAUAACAACGAGGUGUUUAAGUUUUGCCUGAACGUCAACAAUUCAUCGACGUACCAGUUCGUCCUAGUCAGCUCGUUAUACAAAAUCUUCACACAGCCGAGAUUGCCAUGGUGGCCAGAGAUCAGUCUCGUUUAUUCGUACGGCACGGAUCUCAGGAAUAUGUUCACCGACACUCUAAACAAAGUGACGCAGAACUGCAUGUGGUAUACACCGCUGCGUAUGAUUCACAAUUUUGCUCUUAAAACUUCUAAAGAGGAGAUGGCUAACUCUAAGAAUCUGUUGCUGGUGAUGGUGCGACUUAUUCAUGUGGAUCCCAUGUUAAUGUUACAUAGUUACGGUACAGCUGGCCACGAAAUACAGAGAUCCACUUUAGAGUUGAUUAAUGGGCUCGUCUCGUUAGUCCAUCAGUCCACGAUGCCGGACAUUGCCCAUGAAGCGAUGGAGGCUCUGCUAGUGUUGCAUCACCCGGACAAAGUUAAAGCGUGGAAUCCCGAAGCGCCGUUGGACACUUUCUGGGAUGUCAGUUCGCAGGUCGUUUUCUCGAUCUCGCAAAAAUUGAUUCAGCAUCAAAUUUGCAACUACACGACUAUACUCAAGUGGCUUCGCGAGAUAUUAAGCUGCAGAAAUGCCUUUCUCUCUCAGUAUAAGGAUUAUGCGAACGCGGGCAGCCAGAUCGCGAUUAGCAAACAGGCGCAUAUUAAACUCGAGGUCGUUUGCUUAACAUAUUUAUGGAGUAUAGACAUGGAAGCUGUUUUAGUAUCGAUGUCUUGUUUCGCGUUACUAUGUGAGGAAGCUGAAAUUCUUUGCGGCAGCGAUGAGGUAGCGGUGACUUGUCUACUUCCGAAUUAUCAGUUAUAUUUAGAAUUGGCACAAGCUUCGACCGUAUUGAUAUCUGCCCACGGGGAGAAUAGAUGUUAUCAGGAACAUAAUCAUGGACAUGCUGCAUUACAAAAGAGAAUAUUAUCUUUAUUGAGAAAGAUCGAACAUUGCGUGAAUGGCAUACAACCUGCUUGGGAAGAAUCAUUCAGAAAUUGGGAAACAAACUCACGGCAAUUGUCCAAUUAUCCCAAGACCAAGACUGAGGAUGCGCAAGUCGACUCAUUUCGCAACACCGUGAAACGAAGAACAGCGCUUCAUCAAAAUUCGGAACACGAAAUGGAGGAGCAAAUUAACGAGUGGGCCAAUAUGACAGGAUUUCUUUGCGCUUUAGGCGGAGUGUGCUUGCAACGUCGUUCGCCAAGUAGACCGCCCUACUGUGGGCUCCCCUUCAAUCCCGAAUCUAAAAAGAGCUCGGCUAAACAACAAGAGACUAACUCCGGUUUAACGAAUCCUAGUCAAGAAUUGCAGUAUUGCAUUGUUACGCAGUUUGUGUUAAACUUGCUACGAUUAUUGAUUUGCAACAACGAGAAACUUGGCACUCGGAUACAAAAGCAUGUAAAAGAACUGGUCGCACACGAGAUGAGUCCUGCCUUGUAUCCGAUAUUGUUUGAUCAGAUUAAGAAUAUUGUUGAAAAAUUCUUUGAUGCACAUGGACAAGUGAUGGUAUCGGAUUUGAAUACGCAGUUCGUCGAACACACUAUAUUUAUAAUGAAAAAUAUUCUGGACUCGAAAACAGAUCAACCGUCGGAAUACCUUGGGAUGACCAGCAUCGAAGGCAUGAUGUUGGCGAUCGUUAGAUACGUCAGACAUCUGGACAUGGUGGUGCAUUCGAUUUGUAUCAAAACUAAAUUGUGUCAACUAGUCGAAGCUAUGAUGAAGAGACGGGAUGAUCUGGCGUUUAGGCAAGAAUUGAAAUUUCGCAACAAAUUAGUCGAAUAUUUGACCGAGUGGGUGAUGUGCACGCCUCCCUUUCCUUCAACAAAUGCCAGCGAUAUUACAAUUUGGACCAGAAAUUUGGAUCAAGCUUGCAUGGAGGCAGUAGGAGCGUUAUUGCGCGGACUACCUCUUCAGCCUGAAGACUCUGAUCGUGUCGAGUUGAUGGAAGCAAAGUCUGAGUUAUUCUCGAAAUAUUUCAUGCUCUUUAUGAAUUUAAUAAAUUACUGUAACGAACCGUCAUCUUCGGAGGACAAGGAUGUUAUGUCUUGGCAAUCGCCUACUUUAGCGACCAGCAAGUUAGCUAAUUUGCGCAACACUACCAUUCAAGCCAUGAGUAAUCUUCUCAGUGCGAAUAUAGACAGCGGUUUAAGACACUCGAUACAUUUAGGCUACAACGCAGAUCUCCAAACGCGUGCCGCGUUCAUGGAAGUACUGACUAAAAUACUUCAGCAGGGAACGGAGUUUGAUACCCUUGCCGAAACUGUUCUAGCGGACAGAUACGAGCAAUUGGUUCAACUCGUUACGAUGAUCAGUGAUAAGGGUGAAUUACCUAUCGCCAUGGCAUUGGCUAACGUAGUGACAACGAAUCAAAUGGAUGAGCUGGCGCGUGUCUUUGUGACACUGUUUGAUGCAAAACACUUGUUGUCGCCUUUAUUGUGGAACAUGCUCUAUCGAGAGGUUGAGUUGACCGAUUGCAUACAGACUCUCUUUCGCGGAAAUACUCUGGGAAGUAAGAUUAUGUCGUUCUGCUUUAAAAUUUACGGCGCCAGCUAUUUGCAAGGUCUUCUCGAGCCUCUUAUCAAACCUUUGUUGGAUGAGCCAACAAUUAGUUUCGAAGUAGAUAGCGCGAGGAUCGAUCCCAGUGAAAAUAUCGAACAGAACGGUAGCAACUUGAUCGCAUUGACACAAAAGGUGUUUGAUGCUAUAGUGUCGUCGGCAGAUACGUUUCCCCCGCAGUUACGCUCAAUGUGUCACUGCCUGUAUCAAGUUUUGUGUAAAAGAUUUCCGCAGUCACCGCAGAGCAACAUUGUGGCUGUGGGAACGGUGAUAUUUCUGCGUUUCAUCAAUCCUGCCAUUGUUUCGCCCCAAGAGAUGGGUAUCGUAAAUAAACCGGUACCACCGCAAGUGAAACGAGGUCUCAUGCUUAUGUCGAAGAUACUGCAGAACAUCGCCAAUCACGUAGAGUUUAGCAAGGAACAACACAUGCUGCCCUUCAACGACUUUCUGCGAGCGCACUUUGAAAUCGGUCGACGAUUCAUCAUACAAAUAGCGUCGGAUUGCGAAACAGUUGAUCAAACCAGUCACUCUAUGUCGUUCGUAUCGGACGCCAAUGUCUUGGCCCUACACAGGUUAUUGUGGAAUCAUCAGGAGAAAAUCGGGGAUUAUCUCAGCAGCAGCAGAGAUCACAAAGCCGUCGGAAGGAGACCCUUUGACAAAAUGGCAACGUUAUUAGCAUACCUUGGUCCACCCGAGCAUAAACCAGUGGAUUCCCAAUUAAUCAUACGUUUCAAUCCUAGCUCGCUCUUUUCGUCUUCUUACGUUCGUAUGUCUCGAUGGGCGAGCGAAGACAUGUCGUCGACAAAAUUCGAGGAAAUCAUGAUGAAACGUAAUAUGCACGAGACAGAAGAAUUUAAGAGCAUCCAGAGUAUGAAUAUUUUUUAUCAAGCAGGCACUAGCAAGCAGAGCUACCCGGUGUUUUACUACAUUGCACGUCGAUUUAAGCUCGGCGAAACAAACGGCGACUUGCUGAUGUAUCACGUGAUCCUGACUCUAAAGCCCUUUAUCGGAGCCCCUAAUCGUUCUUCGUACGACGUGGUCGUCGAUCUCACUCAUACGUGUUCGGAUAAUCGGUUUAGAGCAGAAUUUUUGCAAAAGUGGUUCUAUGUUCUGCCAGAAGCAGCUUACGAAAACUUACACGCAGUAUAUAUUUAUAAUUGCAACACUUGGGUGCGCGAGUACACAAAGUAUCACGAUAGCAUCCUGGCGCCGUUAAAAGGUAAUCGAAAGAUAGUCUUUAUCGACAGUCAAGCAAAAUUAAACGAUGUCAUUGACAUCGAGCAACAGAAAUUACCCGGAGCAACAUUAUCUUUGGAUGAGGAUUUAAAAGUAUUUACUGGUGUCUUGAAAUUAUGCCACAAGGAGAUUAAAGUGUCUGUGAAGCUCGGACCGACGACCUUGCAAAUAACUCACACGGACAGAUUCAAAGUAUUAUCGCAAUAUGUUCUCUUAAACGACGUGUAUUACGCUUCCGAAAUAGAGGAGGUUUCCCUACUGGACGACAAUCAAUUCACGCUAAUCAUCUCCAACGCGACGGGAUCGUUGACCUUUGCCCACAUCGAUUGCGAUAAUAUCGUACAGGCUAUAAUCCACAUCAGGAAUCGCUGGGUGUUGUCACAACCGGAUUCCAUGUCCGUUCAUUCGAAAAUCAGGCCUAAAGACGUACCCGGCACUUUGUUGAAUAUGGCCUUACUGAAUCUCGGUAGUCCGGACCCGAAUCUUCGGACUGCAGCCUACAAUCAUCUAUGCGCACUCACGGCGACGUUCAGCUUAAGAAUAGAGGGUCAACUGUUGGAAACAUCCGGUAUAUGCAUACCUUCGAACAACACUAUAUUCAUCAAGCAUUUGAGCGAGACCUUGGCAGCGAACGAUCCACAUCUCACUCUCGAAUUUCUCAAAGAGUGCAUGCAGGGCUUCAGGGAAUCGACUAUCGAGCUAAAACAUUUAUGUCUCGAAUAUAUGACGCCGUGGUUGAGCAACCUCGUGCGAUUUUACCCUGAUAAGUCCCACGACGAGAGUAGCAAGCGGCAGAAGCAGGUUAUGGAAAUUCUUGACGAUUUAAUCACGCUGACUGUCCAGGAGAUUGAAAUGUAUCCGAGCAUACAGGCCAAGAUCUGGAGCACAAUUGGCAUGCUGCCGGAACUGAUAGACGUUGUCCUCGACAUUUUUCUGCAACGUAGCGCGCGAUACGAUUUAGGCUCACCAGUGGCCGAGAUCAUGGCAGACACUGCGGUCGCUCUGGCGUCUGGUAAUGUGCAAUUGGUGGCCAAGAAAUUAAUCAGCAAGGUAUGCCGAAUAGUGGACAAGACUUGCAUGUCACCGACGUCUCAAUUGGAACAACAUAUAAUGUGGAGCGACAUAGCGAUCCUCGCGAGGUAUCUCCUGAUGCUGUCCUUUAAUAAUUGCCUGGAUGUAGGGAAACAUUUGCCGUACAUCUUUCACACGGUGACGUUGCUCGUGUGCUCCGGCAGCUUGACCAUGCGAGCGUCCACUCAUGGUCUGGUGAUCAACAGUAUUCACUCGUUAUGCACGUGUAGUUCUCCCUCUUUCUCCGAAGAUACGCACAGGAUACUGCGGAUGAGUCUGGAUGAGUUCUCGUUACCCAAGUUUUAUCUGUUGUUUGGUAUCAACAAGGUGAAAUCUGCCGCUGGCACGGCCUUUUACAAACAUCCAAAAUCCAGCUGCAAGCACGCGAAUGAAAAAUGGCUCAACAAUGAGCGAAAUGUAACCGGGACGCAGGACAAGGAGAGGCUCUACCUGACCAGCUUGGAAGUAAUAACCGACGCUCUUCUGGAAAUUAUGGAGGCUUGUAUGCGGGACAUUCCCAAGUGCGACUGGUUAAAAACGUGGACUCUGUUGGCGAAAAACUUUGCCUUCUGCUUCAAUCCGGCUCUGCAGCCGAGGGCGCUUAUUGUUUUCGGUUGUAUCAGCAAGAGUAUAACGGAUCAGGAUAUGUGGCAGCUACUGAAGAUUCUAGUGAAGGCGCUCGAGAGUUUUAACGAUAUUAAUCUCAUGGAGGCCAUCGUUAUGUGCUUGACGCGAUUGCAACCUCUUUUGAGACCUAAAUCACCACUACAUAGAUACCUGUUCUGGAUCGCCACAUCCGUUCUUGAGUUGGACGAAGCGUCGUUGUAUGCAUCCGGCCUGGCCCUUCUCGAGCAGAAUUUGCACACACUCGACUCGCAGGGAACUUUCGAUGAGAAGACAUUAGAACACGUGAUGAUGUCGACACGCGAACCCCUGGAAUGUCAGUUCAAGCUACUGGAUCACACUGUGGGCCUAUCCUUUAAAUCCAAUUUUCAUUUCGCGCUGGUCGGUCAUCUUUUGAAGGGCUACAGGCAUCCCACGCCGACAACGGUUACCAGAACGGUCAGGGUGCUGACCAUGUUGCUGGCGAUCAUCGCGAAGCCCUCGAAGAGGGAUAAAUUCGAGGUGACGCCUGAGAGCGUUCCUUACUUGACCGCACUGGUAGCCGUGUCAGAGGAGGUGCGUAGCAGGUGUCAUAUUCGGCAUUCGCUCGAUAAAAACCUACACGAUUCAUCGGGCAGUUCGGACAUUCUCGAUACUUUGCCGUCGCGCAGUGCGGAUAUGUCGGGAGCGCCCAAUCUUACAAGUAGAAGACAAAAGACCUGGGACUUGCUGGAUCAAUCGGCUCUUACUCAAGCGAGACAACAAAAACAACAAUCCGCGCAGACUGGCCGGCUUUUAUUUAAAUCGCAGCGAUCCUUGAGCGUACCGAACGCAAAGGACGACAAGUCGACGGACGAUGCGGAACAGCAGAAAGAUCGUGCAAGCACUAGAGUGAGCCUGAGCAACGAAAAUAACGUCUUACUCGAUCCGGACGUAUUGACCGAUUUUUCGACGCAGACUCUGGUUCUGACUAUGCUGGCCACUCUGGUAAAGUACUCCACCAGCGAGAAUGAAACGCGGAUCUUGUACGAGUAUCUAACGGAGGCAACUAUAGUUUUUCCAAAAGUUUUUCCAGUUGUACACAACUUGCUCGAUGCAAAGAUCAACAGCGUAUUAUCCUCCUGUCACGACCAAGCGAUAUUGAACGCGGUUCAGACCAUCAUACAGAACAUGAUAGCCAGCGAAGAUACGAGUCAGCAGCAUCAUCUGCAGCAUUAUUUGCAAAGUUGCGGUUUCCGUGGUCUUUGGAGAUUCGCGGGACCUUACACGAACUCCAGCUGUACGCCCGAGAGUGCUGAAUUGUUUGUGAAUUGUUUGGCGGCGAUGGUAGAGAUGUGUCUAACGGUACCGAAUAAAGAAACAGGUGUGGGAAAAGGUAAACGUCAGUCGGAUUCUGCGUUGAGAUCAAGACCGUCUAACGUCGUACUCGUCCAAGAACACUGUCGUACGUCAUCGGAGAUUGAUACUUCUUUCGUUCACGUAGAUCGUAGUACGGAUAGCAGACGAUAUGACUCGAUGGAUGCUAGUCAAACGGAGGAUACGGGUGACGGUUCGCAGCCUUAGCAAUUACUUUACGAUAGACAACGCAAACAAUGCCAGAAAGAUGCGCAUAAGAGGCAAAGUGAUGGAAAAUUGCAACGGCAAACAAGAACCUCGCAGACGUUCAUCCUGUACUGUAUGCCCAGUCAGUUUAGUACAAUGCCGUCCAAUCACGAUAACGAGCCUACCGGAAAUGGAAAUCAACGAAAGCUACACCGUUGUAUAAUAUUUUCUUUUACUGUCUUUCUCUAUUGGUAACUUUGCGAUAUUUUCUUUAUCAAUACACCAGUCGUCGCGAGUUUACUAUCUCUGGUAUAUCUCGCUACGAUUCUUAAAUAUGCAUUGUUGCAUUAUAUGUUGUCAACGCUUUUACAACGAAGUUGUACGGAAACUCGCGUUGCGAGAUAUUGUACAUCGUCAGACUCGAUUUCAGCGAUUCAAGAUAUGUAGCGUUUAACGUUUUGUGAUUUAGCAAUCGUGUUCAUCGUCGCAUCUCAUAUAUGAUAUUGUUUGUUCAUAUCGCAAGAAAUAAUUUACAGUCGAUUUCCUCGGAAAAAAUUCAUCGAAUCAGCAACGAGCAUUGUAUACGUUCGAUAUGUUGUCAGCAAUUUCGUGUAUAAUAAUAAUUUAUUGACUGAUAUUAAUUCUCUGCCAUAAGUCGCAAUACAAUGCAUACACAAAACUAUCAAAACUAGUUCCGUAGACAACCAACUAUGAGAAGUAGAUUAAUAAGAUAAGAGCAUCGUUUUUUUUCUUGUUUUAUUAUAUAUACUAUACGUAUAAUUUUUUUUGUACAUGCAAAGCGUUAUCAUCUGUCGCAAUUUGUGUUCGAAGUAAUUAGCUCUAGAGAGUUAUAAACAAUUAUUAUUAUUCUACUUACCAAAAGAAUCUCUGUUGGUCCCUUAAAGUCUGAAAGCGCUGCGGUUGCGCGAGGCAACUUUUUAUUAUUACGCAAGAAACGUAGCUUUCUUCUCGUGUGCCGUUGCAUGUAGAUCUCAAUGAUAUAACAAGGAUGAUCUGGACCAGUGACGCCUCUCGUCUCGUUAGGCGUUCGAAGCCCCGGGACGAAUAAUUUUAGAGUCCUACCAAGAGAAACACCAAUGUAACUGUAUACUGUCUUUACCACUUUUUAUUAAAGUACAAAGCGAGACCAAGCGAUAUCCUCUCUGUACUAUAAUAUACGGACAUUUUAGUAAUAAGAAGAGAAGGGGGAGAGAGAAAGAGAGAAAAUAUAUAUGUAUACGCAUAACGACGUAUAUAAUUACUAGAGUGUACACUUGUGUGCUAACAACAAUGAGGAGCACCGAGUGAGAAAGGUGUUAAAAUACUAUUCUCUCCCCCUGGACUAGUUUGCGUCGUGAAAAAUACUCGUUCUUUUUUUUUAUUUAAACAUUUUCUUUAUUUAUUUAAAUGUAAAAUUUCUUUGUGAACGCCAUAAGCGAAUGUGUGCGAUUUAUGUAUAAAUAAUGAAAUAUUAUACAUAAGAUUAAACGCGCGAAUUUAACAAUGUAAAUGAUAUUUUUCGUGUGAUGGAAUGAAUAGCUUCUCAAUGGCGCUAGAAUGACUGUUUGGAGUUUGAAAGAUGCGUUUGUACAUAGUGCGUUGUAUAAUGUUUGUACGUAUAUUCUGGUAAUUUUGUAAAAGUCUGUUGAUUUUUGUCCGUCUGUAUUUUUACAAGAGGCAGAGAGUACGGAUAAUGAAUACGGUGCGUCGUA